AUUUAACUAAACUGGUGUAUAAUUUAGACCUGAUUCUGUUUCGUCUUCUUUAGUACGUCGACAACGUCGUAAACGCAAUCGUUUAGUACGCGUAUCAACAGUUGUUCAAAAGCGCAACCGUACUAUCGGAUACAAUCGAGAAAGUCGAGCAUCUCUGCUACUGCUUACAAUGAAUGUGACAACACUUCUGACUAAUCCGCUGUUUUUAUUAUUUGAAUUACUUGAUGGUGAAGGUAGCGAAGGAAGAGCAGCGGCUAAAAUAACUGGUGAUCAGUGUGUAUCAUGGACAUUAAGACAAUUUUUCAAUUCAUUAAUUUAUUUUGGUAAUCAAAAUAAUUGGAUAUUUUAUUUGGCUUUUGGUGCACGUUUCCGCGUCCACAUUAUGAACAUGUUAAUGUGUAGAAAAAGAGGCUACUUGAAUAAGCCUAAAUUACUGAACUCUGAAAUUCCACUGGAUGUAGGUACAAAUUUAAUAAAUUGUGAUUAUGUAAGAAAUAGUACUCAGACUAAUAUUCUACGUAUAUCAACAUCAAAUAAUAUUUUUAACUUCAGCACAGAUGACAGCUUAAAUGGUAUUGACGGUGAUAGGUUGGUUCCAUCGACAAUAAUAAACGACAUAAACGAUAAGAAUGAAAAAGAAUAUUCAUCUUGAAAUUAUUCUUAGAAAAAGAAAUUAUAACAGUAUUUUAGAUCAGCAGUGUGAAAAGGGAAACCUGACAAAGUGAAUAAUACAUUCAAGAAGUAAAUUUCAUUUUUCUAUUCCCAAGAAGCCGUG